UCUGUGGAUCGAAACUUUUGACGUCUCGUCGCGAUAACUGUUGUUGAAUGGAGCAGAUCGCGUUCACGCGGAAAAUGCGCGAUAUUUACGCCUAAACCCAAGUCAAUCUCCGGAACCGUCGACAAUAAACAUCCGCGCCUUUCAAUUGUUUCGUUUCGCGACCGUCAAAAUGUCUCGCGAAAAAUCGAUCCGCGUCGCUUUUCUGCUACUAACUUGCGUGCUUUCGACCACCGCUGCCCAAAAAGUCGCCGAACUGGACGAAAACAACUGGACGCAGAUCCUCGAAGGCGAAUGGAUGGUCGAAUUCUACGCGCCUUGGUGCCCCGCCUGCAAGGCUCUCGAGCAACGCUGGGAGGAGUUUUCCAAGUCGGGCCCCGCGCUCGGCAUCAAAGUGGGCGCCGUCGACGUCACGACGUCGCCCGGCUUGAGCGGUCGCUUCAUGGUCACCGCUUUGCCUACCAUUUUUCACGUUUACAACGGCCAGUUUAGGCAGUACAAGGGCUCGCGGGACAAGGACAGCUUUAGUCUGUUCGUGGAGGAACGCAAAUGGGAAUCCGUUGAGCCGGUGCCAAGCUGGAAAUCCCCCAACUCCUUGCAGAUGAGCGUCGUGUCGUCCUUUUUCAAACUGUCUCAGUCGCUCAGACAACUCCACGGAACCCUAACCAACGAAUACGGUCUGCCGACGAUCGCGUCUUAUUUGAUAUUCGCGGUGGCCACCAUUAUUCUGGGGGCGUGUCUCGGAUUAUUGCUAGUGUGCGCCAUCGACUUGGUCUGUCCUCCGAAACAGGCGGCGACGAAAAAGUCGCGAGUCAAAGACAAGGACAGCGACGAUGAACUAAACGACGACGAUAUCAAAGACGAUUUGUUGGACAACGAAACGGAAGACAAGGCAAAAGACGGGCCGGGUGGGGACUCGGCCCUCAGAAAACGCGAAACUAAAAAUUAGUGACAAAAAAACAGUUGCGCUCGGUUUGAGGUUAGGUCGCUUUAUGUUGCCUUUUUUUUUAACUGAACUAACCGCGCGCAGUGAAAGGGGACCUGUGGUGCCGACAAUAAAAUAUUUAGGAUAGUUCGGCGCCGUGAUUCGCCGGUCCGUGUUUUCGUGGACUACGUCAUAUUUUGUACAAUUGUCACGCUCCAGAAAUAAAUCUAAUUUUAUU